AUGUCAACGGUUAACGUACUCUUUAUUGCUUUUUUUUCAUCAAUGACUAUUAUCAAUGGACAAUUAAAUUGUUCCAUAUAUAAUCCAUGUGGUCAAUAUGGAUAUUGUCGUGAUAAUUCGGAUGGUGAAUGGACUUGUGAAUGUAAAUUUUGGUGGAAUGGAACAUUAUGUGAUGAACAAACAAGUAGUGGAAAACAAGUUAUUGCACUUGGUUGUAUAUUAGCUUUUCUUAUGGCAAUUUUUUAUGGUUUACAAAUUAUGCAAUGUAUUCGAAACAAACGACGAAAACCAAAAGAAGAUAAAAAAAAAGAGGUCUUACGAAAUCCAACAAUAGUUCAUCUUGCAUUAAAAAAUGUUAAAAGAUCAGCUCGUCUAUCUUCAUGUUUGGUUGCUUGUUUAACAAUAAUCUUUACUUGUGUAGCACUUAUUUCAAAAUGGUCUUUAAUACAACCAAUACAUAAUGAACUUGUUACCAAAUAUUUGACAAAUCAAUCACUUUAUUAUGUAAAAAAUUCUUUUUGUGAUACGAUGUCUCUUCAAGAUUUUAAUGUUAUAACAUUUCCUGUUGCUUGUUUUUUAAUUCUUAUACUUAUAAUAAGAACCAAACGAAUAUCUCUAGUGCCUAAUCUAUGUUAUGGAUAUGGAGCACCACCAAUGCCUGUUGAUUUUCUUUCCGAUGUUGAUCGAAAAUUUGCUGCUUUCAUUUUUGCUGUAUGUGCAGAUGAAUUAUUAUUUAUAAUGCUAUCAGUAAUUGACGGUACUGCGAGUAAAGGUGAAGGUGUCAUUAUUACUUAUCUUUUACGUGUUCUUCAAGUAUUAAUCAUGGGAGUUCGUUAUUAUGCACUUUUAGCAGCUGUUUAUUUAAAUACAAUUUUUGUAUUAGCAUGUGCAACAAUAUAUGCUUGGCUUGACUAUGCGAUAACAAUAAUUAAUCAAGGCAUGUGUGAAUCAGAUUUUUAUCCAACAUACAAUGAUUAUUUGAACAAUGCAAGUAGUAUUGAUUAUAUGUUUGAUUAUUUUGGUACUGGUCCUAAUUUAAUUGCCAUACAAUUAUGUACAGAUAUACCAAGAUUUUUAUGUUUAGCUUAUAUAAAUGUUAAAAUACCAAUGUUAUUAAUAAGAAAAAUUUUUUUUAGAUGCAAAAAAGAUCUACCAUUAGAAAAGAGAAUAUUAAUGAAAUUAACACGAGAACAAAGAAUACUUAUUCAUAUAUCAGAACCGAAUUCAGUUGAAAUGCUUUAUGUUAAAAAUUUAUUUCGUUCAGCUAAAAAUCGUCCAAAAAGUCAAGCAUUAUUUGCUCGUUUAAUACCAACAAAAAUUUAUGAAUGGAGAGAUGAUUAUCGUUUUUCAACACGAAUUAUUUGUCUUUAUUCAUCAAUAUUUCUUCUUUUAUAUUUAGUUACUAUUCAAGCAUGUAUACAAGUUCUACCUUUAAUAUCAGGAAUUCAACAAACUCUUCAACUAGUAGUUGAUUUAAUUUCAUCAAUAUUUAUUUCUAAGCCUGAUGAUACUGAUGGUGAAAAUGUUAGUAGUAAUACAUCAAAUUUUCCACUUCCAUCAUUAACCAGAUCUUAUCUAUUUGCUAUAUUUCUGACAUUAACAAUAAUAAUUAUACAAUUAUUAGUAUUACUUGUUAAUAUUCGUAGAAAUUCAUUUCAAUCAUUUCGUGGUGAUGAUAGUGAAAUACCACGACGACAACGAUCACAUUAUGUUUCAUAUGCAGCAGGAAAUUUUCAUUUUGCUGGAUAUUUUAUUGGCUAUUUAAUAUGGGGUUAUAUGAUAAUAGCAGUAUUUUCAUUUCUAUUAUGUUUAACUAUUGAUGCGUUUAUUAUAUAUGGAAGUGUUCGAUUAGUUGAAACGAUUUUAAAAAUUGUUAUACCAAGUAUUUUAUUUGUACUUUUUAAACAAUAUCUUAACAAAAUUCUUGCACAAUAUAUAUUUUUACAACAUAGUGGAGAAGUUCUUGCAUUAAAUAAUCGUCGGUUCUUAAUGAUAUUUAUUUAUUUUAAUUUCUUCUUAGAUGCUUUUCUUGGUUUUAUAUCUUCAGUCGUUCGUUUAAUUAAAAGUGUUAUUGGUGGAAUUGCUUAUAUGUGUCGUUUAGAUUAUUCUCCAUUGGGUCGUAAAUUGGAAACAAUGGAUGGUGGUUUUAGUGCUUAUUGUGGCUUUAUACAUACUGAAUGUACUCAUCGACAUCCAAUUAUGUUAGCUGUUGUUUCACAUUUUUAUACUCAAAUUAAAAUGAAAGAAUUGAAAAUGAACAUGAUGAAAACUCAUGAUUUAACAGCCGACGAAAAAUAUGAAGUGAAAAGACCGAUAUCUCAAUCAAGAUAUGUACGUAAAUGGAAAUUAGCUGUUUUUCUUACACAAAAUCCAACACUUGUUUUUUUUCGUAAAGCAUUUCUUAAUCAAUUACAUAUUGAAGAAAUUCGUUAUGUAAAUGAUGUUGAUAAUGAUGAUAAAAGUAAUGUACAACGAAGGUUAUCUGUUUAUACACGUCGAAUGUCUGCUGCUCGACCCAGUAUUGCUUCUGAUAACACAUUAAAAUACUUUGACGACCGUCGAUUUUAA